GACCAUUUUAUAUUUUUUCAGAUAGUAUAAAUAGGCACACGUCUCCCCCGCUCCAAACAUACAACAAAAAACUACUCAUCAGUACCCCUUCACUGACAAAACCAUUAUCAUAUUAUUUAUCAAAUAAUAAUUAGUAUUAUGGCAUCAGAUCUCGACGCCAUUCGUGAAACAGACUGCUCUGUUCUUGGAAAGCACAUGUGGCCGGAGCUGUUGGGAAAGGACUCGGAGACGGCAAUUGCAACAAUAAAGAAGGAGAAUCGCAAAGUGAGACAAUGGGAGGUGGUUAAGGAAGGGACCAAUGUGGCAGAAGCGUUUGUGACUCAUCGCGUCCGCAUUUGGGUCGAUGACUCGGGAAUCGUGGUUCGCGUCCCGACUGUCGGUUAAUAUAUACAUUGAAAUUCAAUUCAUAAUUAAAUAAGUUGCAGAAUGUAUGCAACAAAGCUAGAUUUAUUGUUGUUGUUAAAAGUAUUUGUGGGCACCAAUUUGUUUGGGCUGAGGAUAUAUGUUAUUGUCAUUUGAAUUUUUUGUCAUUAAAUAAGUGUUUAAGUGGUGGUCUUUAUUAAUGGAAUCCCUUUAUAUAUAAUGACUUCAUAUAAAUACAAAUUACAAAGAGACAUUUAUGAACUUAUUAAAUGCUAUAGUGAUCG